CUCUCUCUCUCCACCAUGCUUCUUAGGGCUCCUCCCUCUCUCUCCCUCCUCUCCCCCUCCGUCGAUCCCUCUCCUCCCUCCUCCGCCGCCGCCGCCGCCGCCAUUGUUGGCCCCCUCUCCUCCUCCGCCUCGUCGUCUUCGCUGAGCUCUGCGUUGAGGCUUCGUCGAGGGACGGCGAAGAAUGGGUCCGUGGUGGUCGCCGCCGCCGCCCCCAACUCCAGUAACCGCGCCAUCACCGGCGUGCUCUUCGAGCCCUUCGAGGAGCUCAAGAGCGAGCUCGCUCUCGUUCCCCAGGCCCUCGAUCAAUCCCUCGCUCGCCACAAGUACGCCGACGAUUGCGAGGCCGCGAUCAAUGAACAGAUCAAUGUGGAGUAUAAUGUUUCGUAUGUUUACCACGCCAUGUUCGCCUACUUCGAUCGGGAUAAUGUUGCUCUGAGAGGACUUGCCAAUUUCUUCAAGGAAUCAAGUGAUGAGGAGCGUGAACAUGCUGAGAAAUUUAUGAAAUACCAGAACAAACGCGGAGGCAGAGUGAAGUUGCAGUCGAUAGUGAUGCCUUUAACUGAGUUUGAUCAUCCAGAGAAAGGCGAUGCAUUGUACGCAAUGGAAUUGGCUUUAGCUCUUGAGAAGCUGACAAAUGAGAAGCUCCUCAAUUUGCACAGCGUAGCAGGAAGGUGCAAUGAUCCUGAGAUGCAAUCAUUCAUUGAAAGCGAAUUUCUAGAGGAGCAGGUGGAAGCCAUUAAGAAGAUCUCUGAAUAUGUCGCUCAGCUGAGAAGGGUCGGGAAAGGACAUGGAGUCUGGCAUUUUGAUCGGAUGCUUCUCCACGAAGAAGGAAAUGGUGCCGCGUGAUGCGAAAGGAAAUGAAUUUUUCAUGGUUCUAGCCCCACUAAUGUUUUCUUGUAGUCAUCUUUUGCAGUAAUAUUAGAGUUGAGGAGUCGUCAUGAACCAACUCGUUAUAAUGUGCUUGUACCUUCUUUGUUUGCGUUCUUAAUUUCUCGUGCUUUGGAAGUUGCAGAUUGGUUAGGAUGAUCUGCUUGAGCUAUGUACUAAUCUGAUUUUGAUGUUGGUGUCUUGUAAGUGUAAUAAAAAUGCUACUCGAGUAGAUAAUGUGGAUAUCGGUUGAGAUUAUAAAUGCCAUUUCUUGUAGUACUUUGCAUUAU